UUAUCAUCUCUACUGUGACUGCAAUGGAGUAAAUACUAGAUCCUUAAAGUUUAUAUUAUUAUGACUAGAAAUUUUACAGCUUCGUUUAUUACACAGUGUAUUCCAUAAAAUAGGGAAUGUAAAAACAAAUUAAAUUGUUAUGCCUAUCACUGGAAACGUGAUUGGUUUCCUGCUCGUGCUAGUCCAUUAUACGGGAAUACUUUGUUCGGUGCGUGUGGACAGCAAAUUAUUCAUUUUAAGAUAACCGCAGUGUCAAAAUAUCGACAAAAUCGCGACAAGCAUACGUACUUAUGUAUUUGCAUAUCUACGUAUGUAAAUAUGUGGCGUCACGGUCAUUGUGAUAAAUGUCACCGAUUAGUAAAAGAAAUUAUCACCACGUGGUUAGGUUUAUGUUAGAUUGCAUUUUACCAGAUUUUUAGCAGUAUAGCUACCUCUGUAAAUACAUGCACAUGCACAACAUGGGGUGGCAAACAUUACGGAUAUUUUGCAGUGUCUUUUUCAUGCACCUGCAUAAAUUUGAGAUCUCUGUUUUUAAAAAUUCAUAUUUCUUCAUGCUGUCCAUCCUUUGCUUCCUCAUUGGGCUCAAAGGGACACAGAUCAAUGUCCAGUCGACAAUUGGGGAAAAUAUGGAAACAAAAAUUACCAACAAAGGCUGGAUCAAUUUCCUCAUUUCUUUCACCUCUGCAGUCACGACUACAUCUAUUUUGGUGCUUUGGAUCUACCUCAACCGCAAGUUGAGAGAAUUGAAGUACGACGAGGAGCACAAUCAUCACGGCCACCUCCGCCAGAGUCAUUUCCCCUUCGCCAAAACCCUGCCAAUUCUAGGCUUCCUUUCUUUAUCGUUAUUGUUAAUCCUGUCAACCAUUCAGUUCACCUAUGAAGCCUGGUUUGUACCAUUUUUUGCUGGAAAACCAAAUUAUAUUGCGGGCGUCACAGCUCUAUCAUUUUCGACUUUGUAUUUGCUCUCUUAUUUUAUUGUUUUGUUAAGUUUUUAUUUGUCCAUGAAGUGCUGUAAGGGUCCAGCUUUUGAGCACGAUUACGCCGGUUAUGGCGCCGCACAUGGGUUGGAUGAACGAGGCGAGAAGCUUCGAAGAUUAGGAAGAUAUCUCCAAGUCUAUUAUAUAAUUAAGCACUGACCGCCAGGAAUUGAUGUGGAGGGAGGAAGCGUUAUUCAUCUACACUUGUUUUCAUGUGUUUCUACUAAAAUAUCCUUAAUUAAAUAUUAAUCAAAUGAUGAAUUAAUUAAAUAGUCAUUUAUUACUUCAAUAUUCAUAUAAAAAAGUUAAAAAUUGCAAAAAAUAUUGCAACUUGAUGAGCUAGAGGAAGCGUUAUAAAUUUCCUAUUGUUUUCAUAUAUAUGUUGUAUGUGUCUGUUAAAAAUUGUCACUAAUUAAAUAAUUAAUUAACUAAAUUGUCAUUCCUUCAUUCAUUCAUUCAGUAU